GUUAGUGCUGCUGCUCGGGCUGCAGCAUGUCCCUGCUGCACUACUGGGACACUCUUCGUCCUUCCGCAAAGCGCAGGAAAACCACCAAUGAAGAGACUGACACCGGCGAUGAGAAAGACACUCCCGACUCGUCUGAUAGUCCGCUGAUAAAGCCCUCUGAAACACCGCUGCCGGAGCGACUAGACUACGAUCCUACCCCUGCUGAAGCUGGGGUUGGGGCUGCUGGAGAUGACUCUGAAAUACCAUCAAACAGUCAAACCGAACUCGAGUCCUCCCUGCCUGCCAUCCAGGCAGACAAUCGCGCAAUCGAGGAAUAUGAAGCUUCGCGCGCAGUUGACGACGAGAACGAGCCGGACCUCCGGCAGAGACUGAGAGACGGUACAUGGCGGAAGGGUCGGAGUUCUAUCUACGUGGAUGCGUUCAAUCUGGCACUGGAGACUGUGCUGGAUGAGGAGGCGCAUCUCUUUGAUAAGGCGGAGAUGGAAGUGUUCAGGCAGUGGCGAGAACUGGACUAUGAGUCUCAGUAUUUGUACGUGCGUCUGUUCCUCCGCAAGACCUCUGCCUGGCACCGCGUGAACCGGCUAGGCUAUUACUCGGAUAUUGCAGACCUUCCCCGAGUAGUAGCUGAACUGCGCCGCGCUCGCAAUCUUCCAUCGGCAUCUGAGGAUGGAAAUUCCACGGAUGACACCGUCCCCGUUGAUACGGGCUUCGUGCUGGGUCAAGACGGCGAAUUCAGGUUCGCCGAGGAAAUUGAUCAGAUAACCACGCUAGAAGAAGCGUCCUCGCUCCUAUUACUCGACGAGUUGAAAACGCUCGCGAAAGACGCCAAAGUAACAGGGAAGAGUAAGAAGGAGCUCAUCACCGCUCUUCAGCGGUCAAGUCAGAAACAAACAGGCCUGCACUGGAACAGUAAAUUUAACGGCAACAACAGAGACGACCACUUCAUCCAGAAAAUCCUCGACUACACCGGAGACUGCAUCCGACUGGCCUCCGGCCCUCGUGCCCUCUUUGAACGAGUCCAUCUAGUCUUCUACCGGUCCACCGAAUGGACCGAAAAAUCACUCACCACCAUCAUCCUAGCCAAGAUCUCCCGCAGAAACUUCCCAGAAUACGUAGUCUGUCGAACCAAUUCCAUCUUCCCAUCACGGGAGAUCCUUUUGGAAUUCGAAUCCGCCCUGCGCACGCAAUUCCAAAUCGACAACCUCCUCGAGUUCAACGGCACUCCCACCGUCGAACUGCUAACCCAAGUCAAAGACCUCGCCUACAAAGUCUAUCCCCGGUGGAAAACCCUCCUCCACCAAGAACAACAAAAAGAAGACACUAUCUACGACUACAACGAAGGCGCCUACCUCCGCCGAUUCUCCCCAGCAUGGGUAUACACCCGCAUCAUCCACAAGGGCCUCCACCCCCUGGGCCGCUUCAAAGAGCACGAAGAAGAGCACCGUCUCCUCUGUGAACUCCUCGCCCAGCGUCUUUUCCACGCUGCUCGCCGCGGCGCAUGGUACCAGCGCAAAGCCCUCCUCGAAGAACACUACCUCUGGGCCCUGAAGCCCUCUGAAGGACGCACCGAGGAAGGCCAGCGCAAACACUGGCGCCGUAUCGCGCUCCAAACCUGUGAAACAGGCCUGCAGGACCCAGACUGCCAUCUCAUCUACCACUAUGACCUCCAGAAACGAAUCACCAAGCUCGAAAGAGCCCUGAAAGUCGUGAAACGCGAACAGCAUGACUUCGGGCAUGUCAGACUAGCCAAACCCGCAGAACGCACCAUUGAAGGUAUCCAGAUCGAGCGUGACGAGCCAACCCAAACCCAACCCUCAACUCCAGCUGACACCACCACCACCACCACCGCCCCUAUCAUCACCACCUCCAAACGCGGCCGCCCCACCAUCUGGCUCGACCCCCGCGACGGCGGCGAAUGCCGCGUCGAAAGCAUGUGCCUAAGCUGGUAUCGAGACCGUGGCUGGAAGGGCUACCACUCCGAAGGAGGCAUCAUCCGAACCCUGUUCACCUACCUCUUCUACGACAUCCUCUACACCUACGUCCCCAACGUCUUCCAAACCCCCUUUCAAACCAGCCCGCUCGAUCUCCACACCGACGCCUUCUACCCAACCCGUCUCUCACAGAUAAACCACCGGCUGGUGGAGAUCACCAACGGCGAGUCGGAGCGGCUGAUUCGCGCUGUCUAUGCGGAGCAAUCCCCGCGCCAGACGUGCGCUAUUGGCCUCGAUUGGUCCUUUGAAUUGGAUGAUUUGGUUCAGAUCGUUAGAUGUUUCCCGGGUGAGGCCCUCGCCGCUGUUUGUAGGGUCGUCGCGCAGGAGUAUCAGGCUCGUGGGGGUGGGGUGCCGGAUUUGUUGGUUUGGAGGGUGUAUGAUGGGGAGGAUGAGGUGAUGUUCGUGGAAGUCAAGUCGGCGAAUGAUCGAUUGAGUGAUUCGCAGAGAUUAUGGAUUCAUGUUUUGGCGAGUGCGGGGGUGAGGGUGGAGGUUUGUAAUGUUAUUGCGAAGGAGGUUAUACGGUCGUGA